GUUCUACCCACAAGCUCCGUCAGAGUCCACGAUAGUCAAGAUUUGCAGGCUGCUGUUACAUCUUCGGUCAUCGGAAGUCAAAUCGAACGAGUACGAUACUGGCCAGGAUGUCGAGAUCACCCUCACCUGUUUCCAGGCGGACCGACGUGGAUGACUUUGAUCAAAAGAAAAGAAAGAGGUCGAUUUCCCCCUUGCCGCGAGAUCGAUCCGUCUCUCCUCCCACUCGAAGGAGACGAUCCAGGUCCCCUGAAGAGUACCACGAUCGGGAUGCACCGGCUGGAGCACGUAGUCCCGUUCCAUCUACCGCUCAGACCCCCGCUGCACCUGGAAUCAACCUCCCUCGAGUGGUCGAUAUCGAUCCUUUCCGACGAAGAGAACGAGAACGACAGCUCGCCGAAAGGUUGUUGGAAGAACAAACCGCGGCUGGAGCAGAUGGGUCUGCAAACAAUGCUGUGGCCAAAAAGUCGGAGUUUGAUCCGGCUGCCGAGUUUGCCAAGCUCGUCAGUACCAGGAGUGGGGGAGCCUAUAUCCCGCCGAGCAGGUUGAGGGCGAUGCAGAAGGAUGCGGAAAAGGACAAGAGCAGUGUCGAGUGGCAGAGGAUGACUUGGGACGCGCUGAGGAAGAGUAUUAACGGUCUGAUCAACAAGGUCAACGUCGCCAACAUCAAAUACGUCGUUCCCGAAAUGUUCAACGAGAACCUCAUCCGCGGACGAGGCCUUUUCGCUCGUGCGAUCAUGAAAGCUCAAGCGUCUUCCUUGCCGUUCACUCCGGUCUUUUCCGCUCUCAUCGCUAUCAUCAACACCAAGCUGCCCAUGGUCGGAGAGCUGGUCCUCGUCAGACUGAUUAGUCAGUUCAGGAGGGCUUUUAAACGUGACGACAAGAUCGUAUGCCAGGCCACCGCCUCGUUCAUCGCUCACCUCGUCAACCAAUCCGUCGCCCACGAGAUCGUCGCCCUUCAAAUGCUCGUUCUGAUGCUCGAGCAGCCUACCGACGAUAGCGUCGAGAUCGCCGUCGGCUUCAUGCGAGAGGUGGGAGCUUUCCUCGCUGAGAAUUCUCCCAAGGCCAACAACGGAGUCUUUGAGCGAUUCCGAGCCGUACUUCACGAGGGGGCGAUCGACAAGAGGGUCCAAUAUAUGAUCGAGGUCUUGUUCCAGGUCAGGAGGGACAAGUUCAAGGACAACCCGAUCAUCCCUGAAGGGCUGGAUUUGGUUGAGGAGGACGAGCAGAUCACGCAUAGGAUCGCUCUAGACGACGAGUUGAAGGUAGAAGAGACGUUGAACGUGUUCAAGGCUGAUCCGAAGUUCCUCGACAACGAGGAAAAGUACGCCGAGAUCAAGGAGGAGAUCUUGGGAGGCGAUUCCGAUGAUGAGAGUGGUAGCGAGGAAGGAUCUGACGAUGAAGAGGAUGAGGACGUGGCUCCCGAGUUGGAGGGUAUCCAAGAUAUGACUGAAACGGACCUGAUCAACUUGAGGAGGACUAUCUACUUGACCUUGAUGAACUCGCUUGGAUUCGAGGAAGCGGUUCACAAGCUGAUGAACAUUUCGGUACCCGAGGGCAAAGAGAUCGAGAUGUGCAACAUGAUCAUCGAGUGUUGUUCGCAAGAACGAUCCUACACCCAGUUUUACGGUCUGAUUGCCGAACGAUUCUGCAAGCUCAACCGGAUCUGGACGGAGUCGUUCCAGGAGGCCUUCGGGACCUAUUACGAGACGAUCCAUCGAUACGAGACCAACAAGCUGCGAAACAUUGCCCGUCUUUUCGGUCACCUCGUCGCGUCUGAUGCCAUCUCGUGGGCCGUUUUGCAUGUUGUGCACAUGAACGAAGAGGAGACGACCUCGUCGAGCCGUAUCUUCGUGAAAAUCUUGAUGCAAGAGGUCAUGGAGGAGGUCGGGCUGAAAAAGAUGGCCGCCAGGCUCAAGGAGCCCGAGUUGCAACAAGCCUUGACGGGAAUCUUCCCCACGGACAACCCGAAAAACACGAGGUUCGCUAUCAACUACUUCACCUCGAUCGGACUCGGUCUCAUCACCGAAGACAUGCGAACCUGGUUACAAAACGCUCCGAAAAUCAUUAUGGCCCAGCGACAAGCUGCUCUCGAAGCCGAAUCGUCCGACAGCGACAGUUCGAGCGACAGCAGCGACUCGUCUUCCGACUCUUCGAGCGAUUCAGAUUCGGACUCCGAUUCUUCUUCUGCCUCUUCCCGAUCCCGAUCUCCACCCCGCCGACGUCGUUCGCCUUCUCCCCGACGAGGAGGUAGGGACCGCAGCCUGUCCCGCUCGCCUCCUCGUCGAAGACGGUACUCGGAUUCCAGGUCUCCUCCUCCCAAGCGGUCUGAUCGGGAUGGACGUUCCCCGCCUCCUCCUCCCCGUAGACGGUAUGAGGAUAGCAGGAGCCCUCCACCUCGAAGGCGAUACGACGGCGAGGAUCGGAACGGACGACCCAGAGAUAAUGGGGAUGGAAGACGACGAUACGACAGCCGAUCGCCUCCUCCUAGACGGAGGUAUGACGAUUCGCCUCCUCCGAGGAGAAGGUCUCCUUCGAGGGAUGUCAGGGUCAAGCGGGAAGAUGAGGAUGAUAGACGGGGUGGGGACGGAUAUCGAAGGCGAUGAACCCUCGCGGAGGGUCGAGAUGCGACUCAGUAGGCUUCAAGCAUACCAAAAGGGAAUCGAAAUAUGAGAUUGUGACGAGCAGUAGUAGCAGUAUUCGUGUAUCACCAGUCUCUCAUAUCUCUUAUACGGAUUGCGAGUAUCCACGGCA